AUCGUGCUCUUUUUUGCUUGCCUCGUCUUGACCUUGGCGAAUGCCUCCUGGUUCUCCCACGUCACCACCAAGACCAUGUUCAAGAUGCAGGAGAUUGAAAAGGAGCACGGACUCGGGGCAGAAGUGGGACUGUCGGGCCAGAAAGAAGCUUACCAACGCCUGAAGGAGAAGGAUGUCAAGUAUCGGGGCCUCCGCCAGAAGUUCUUCAAGUUCCACGGCUUGUCCUCCCUCUGCAACCUGGCCUGUGUCAUCUGCACAGGGGUGAAUUUGGCAUUCAUGGCACUGCACCUGGACAGCCUGUAG